CUUUGCCGGUUGUACAUCAAGUCCGCAAUUCAAAUUUGCUUUCCGUGUGGUCUUUGGUAUCUCGUAUUUGUAUACAAGUGUUAACUGGCCUAGAAUUCCGGUGCCCAACGAUUGGUUCAUGCGCCAUAUGUUCCUCCAGGAUACUGGAGUCCAUGUGCACCAUUGGUUUGGAAUCACGGUUCUCCAACUCCCCUAGAUGGACUCGCCGUGUUCACCGGCCCGGUUAAAGGGCCGGAAAUUCGCUUUUCGUCCUCUCAAUUUCGUAAACAACACCCCUGCCACGAAAAAGCAGUGAGUAGGACUUCCCUGACAGUAGUUGUAUGCACGUGGCGAUGUGAGAGUAUUUUGUGAGGGAGAGCUGACUGUCCCUACUGUCGGCCUCUUUUGGGGGCAUUUGUUUGAACACAAUUAUUGGUACAAAAGGUAAUUACGUACACAUACGCCACACAAUAACAAUGAGAAUACGAAGAGAUAGAGAAUAUAAAGUGCAUAUAAGAAAAAUUGGAACAAUAACGAACAGAUCCACACCGCCAUUACCCACAUCCAUCAGAGCUGUUUCCAGAACGCCAUCGAUAGCAAAGUUGAGGAGGAAUGAUGUUCGUGCGCCGAAGUAAAUUUAAACAUGUCUUCGGGAAACCAUGCAAGAAAGAAUGCUGUUAUGAAGACAUUCGAAUAACAAAAAGUAGUUGGGAUGCCCGUUUUUGUGCUGUGAACCCUAAAUACCUUGCGAUUAUUACCGAAGCUGCGGGGGGUGGAUCAUUUCUUGUUUUACCUAUUGAAAAGGUUGGUCGGGUAGAACGUGAUGCUCCUCUCGUUGCUGGACAUACGGGAAGUGUAUUAGAUAUACAAUGGUGCCCACACAAUGAUGAUCUUAUUGCCAGUGGUUCAGAGGACUGUACUGUGAAAGUUUGGCAAAUCCCAGAAGGUGGACUGUUACCCAAAACAAAUCUGACUACACCCGUAGCAGAUUUGGUAUGUCACCAGCGACGCGUUGGUUUGGUUGUCUGGCACCCAACAGCUGAACAUGUAUUAUUAUCUGCAGGUGCUGAUAAUAAGGUGUAUAUAUGGAAUGUUUCUACAGAAGAGCCAUUGGUUGAAAUGAAAUUUCCAGAUAUUGUUUUAUCUGCUUGUUUCAAUUAUAAUGGUUCUCGUUUGGUUACAACUUGUAAAGAUCGGCGUACAAGAGUGGUUAACCCACGUGAUGGAAAAGUUAUUGUUGAAGGUAUUUGUCAUCAAGGCACCAAACCACAAGAAGCUAUUUACAUUAAAGACGAUCGAAUUUUUACUACUGGUUUUUCACCAAUGAGCGAACGCCAAUUUGCUUUAUGGAAUAAAGACGACUUUAGCGAACCUUUACACAUUCAAGAACUGGAUACAAGUAAUGGUGUAAUGUUUCCUUUCUAUGAUUCAGAUACCAAUUUGGUAUAUCUUUGUGGAAAAGGUGAUAGUACAAUCAGAUAUUUCGAAAUUACCGAAGAACAACCUUAUGUACAUUAUAUCAAUAUGCUUACUAGUUCUGAUCCACAACGAGGAAUGGGUUGGAUGCCAAAACGAGGAUUAGAUGUUAAUCAAAAUGAAAUUGCUAGAUUUUAUAAAUUACAUGCGAAAGGUUUAUGUGAAGUUAUUCCGUUCACUGUACCUCGGAAAUCAGAACUGUUCCAAGAUGACCUUUAUCCAGAUACAAUUGGUGAUAUGCCUUCAUUGACAGCUGAUGAAUGGAUGUCCGGUAAAGAUGCAGAUCCUAUUUUAAUAUCUCUAAAGGAGGGUUAUGUUCCAAAAUCGAAACCGAAAAAACGUAUUGGGAAGUUAAUCGCAUCCACUCCAGAAGCAGAUAAAGAAGAACAAGAUUCAAAUUUGACAGUUCCACAAACUAAAGUAACAUCGCAUCAAAAUCGACAACCUGGCUCUAAAUCACCAAAUCCUGAAAAUCCUCCCAAAUCUGAUCAUCUAGAUGCAAAUCGACAACGAUUAACUAAGAGUACCCCACCCAAAGAUACUCCAUCUUCUGAACCAGUGGUGGGAAUUCAUUAAAAUUCUACGAAUAGUAAACAUAGUGUUAUUUUACAAACAUUAACAGUAAUUCUGCUUAAAAGUUACUGAGUUUUAUGAAUAAGUGUGAAAUCUUUCUUGUAACGAUAACCAUGAGUACAGCUUUCCCAAUUUGUGUUUCCUAAUGCCCUUUAAUCUUUUCUGAUUGGUCGUUGUCGCUUUUAAUUUGCCGUUUUUUGUGCAUCUCAGUGUUAUAUAUAUAUAUAUAUAUAUAUAUAUAUAUAUAUAUAUAUAUAUUACUGUCAGUUUGCCGCCUUAUCGAACUAGCAAUAAAUUUUGUUUAAAUAUAAUGAAAAUUCCCAUUUUGCUAUUUGUUGAAUAAAGAAGGAACGAGUUGAACGAAGAAAUUUCUUUUCACUUAGUUUUUCAUCAUGGCUCUACACUUUUAUAUAUUUGAUUUACAAUAAUGAUAUAAUACUCAUCGGGUGGAUACGUUACGUAAUAGUUAUAUAAUGACAUUCAGAUUAACAUUGAGUAAUUGGAAGAAAGAGGAUUAUUAAUAUUCAAAGUAAUUAUUAAAUCAAGAAGUUGCUAUGUUGCGUAAUAUAUGAAAAAGAGAAGGAACAGAAUUUUAUAAUAGAUGGUCAAGAGAAUAGUAGUUACGUAAGAAUCAAAAGAUGGAUGUUGAGGAGUUAUAAAGUUCAAAAAUAACAAAACAAAAUUUAAAAAAAUUUUCAAAGGAAAAAAACCAACUACAAUAAUUUCUAUCGUUAGUACAUAGUGAUUACUGUAGGCCAAAGCAAAUCAAAUUCCAAAAUAAAACGUAUUCGUUUUUCGUAAUGAAGUAAUACAUGCAACUAAUUUUUUAACACAUAACUAUCGACAUCCGUAGAACACACCACAAUAUAACUCUUAAUCCAGUCAUUUAUUUCCUUCCACGUUGUCUACACAAUGAUCACCACUCAAAGUUUUCCGAGUUUCAAGAAUAUUGGACAACUGUAAAUUUAUAUUCAACAUCUUAGAAAAUCACACACUUUGCGAAAUACUACUUAUUUACUCUAUUUUGUUAUUGACUAAUUGGUUUCUGAAGUCAUUUGCAACAAAAUAACAUUUCACUAGAGUCAGUAUUUUUUUUACAAAAUUUUAAUAAAAAAGACAUUCGAUAACAGUUGUUGACCUUACAGUAAUUUCAUACCCUAGAUUCCAUGAUCUGAGUUUUUAGAUUUACAUUUUAUUUUUCAAGAACAAACUGACACUUUAGGUCAAAACAUACUUCCAUAACAAUGUAGUUGAAACAACCAACAGAUUCACUUAUUUCGAAAGUUUCACAUAUUUUAGUUGGUUGAUUAUUGACUGGAUCUUUGAACUGGUAGGCAACGAAUGACUCAAUUAUGUUUCCUUACUCACGCAUGUUACUCCUAAUGUCUAUUCAGCUUGUGCCUUGUCUUUUUCUGCUCUUGUUCGGCUGGUAUUGAUUGCUGCCUUCUUGUUCCUCCUUUCUUGAAUCUUAUCCAGUGUAUCAACAGUGAUCCAUUCCUCGUGAUGGUGCUUCUUGUGGCCCAGAACCUCAUGGCAUGUUGAAGUGAUUGCUUCUUUGAUCCCCUUCCAGUUGCUCUCCAUAGUAGUUCCUUCUCCAUUGAGUAGAUCAUGAAAGGCCUGGAACUCAUUGCUGAGGACUAUCUUGAAUUUGUUGAGUUUGUCAGUAUCCCGUAUUGAACUUUUGUGAUAUUGUCCGCCCCAUUGUCCAGUACUUCUUGAGUUUCAAUUUCAUCUUGGCGACCAGCAAGUGAUGGUCUGAUGCUACAUCAGCUCCUCUCUUGGUUCUCACAUCCUCCAUCGUCCUCCUGAACUUUUUGUUGAUGGAGAUAUGGUCGAUUUGGUUCUGCGUAGUGUGAUCCGGUGGAUUCCAUGUGGCUUUGUGAAUGCGCUUAUGUGGGAAUAUGGUGCCGCCUAUGACCAGUUUAUUGAAGGCACAUAGGUUUGCAAAUCUCUCACCAUUUUCGUUCCUUUCUCCCAGUCCAUGUCGUUUCAUGAUGUCUUCCUAUCCGGUGUUGUCCAUUCCAACCUUGGCAUCUAGAUUUCCCAUCAGAAUGGUCAGGUCCUUUGUUGGGCACUUCUCUACGACUGACUGCAGCCUAUUGUAGAAUUGAUCUUUAGCGUCUUCAUUGUAGUCGUUGGUAGGCGGGUAGCAUUGGAUGAUGUUCAUUGAAAUGCCCUCUUUCUUUGUUUUGAAGGAGGCUUUGAUGAUCCUUGGUCCAUGAGGUUCCCAUCCUAUAAGUGCAUUUUGUGCUUGUUUGGACAGCAUCAAUGCAACUCCUUGUGUAUGUGGAGCAUUUUCUUCUUGAUGGCCGGAGUAUAGCAGAAGCACCCCUGAAGCUAUUCGUUGUUGUCAAACUUGCGUACAGUGUGUUUCACUGAUCCCAAGCACCUCUAGGUUGUAUCUCCUCAUUUCUGCAGCAAUUUGGAAGACUCUCCCACAUUGUACGAGUAUUCCAUGUACCUAAAUAAAUGGUUGUUCUGGUUGUCAGAAGGGGCUUCGGCCUCGUGAUUUCCGAAGGAACUCGGCUUUCAUCAUGAGGCGCCAUAGUUCUUCUAAAUGAAGACCUUCUGAAUCCCAGGGCAGAGUUUAAAAGAUUUGAAUAAUUUUUUCUGGUUAGCGUUUUUUAGCGAGUUAGUUUUCUACGGGAUGGGGACGCUAACACCAUGCCCAACCGUUCUCCUUUAUCCGGGCUUGGGACCGGUAGUAGCUCCCGGAGGGACUCCAGGCGGAGUUCAGUUAUGGUUCGAAAUACAUAAAUGUGAGUUCUAUGAUACCAAAAAGAUUGAUUUUGUAUUUUAUUGACUAUGGUUGUAAGCUACAUCAUUGGUGAUAUUCGUCUUAUCUCUUUUUAAUUAGAAAAGAAAAUAAUAUCAGAGGUUAAUUAGUAAGUUUUGGGAUUUAUCAUAUUAUCUAAUAUUUUUGUACUGAUUCCAUUAUUCUUUAAAACGACUCCAUUUUUCUCUUUUUUUGUCACUUUAGAAUGGUAUUUCAACCGGUGCUUGUCAUGCAAAUCACACCGGUAUUCAUCAUCUCAUGGAAGAUAUUCGCAAAAUGAAGAUAAUUAUUAAAGGUCAUGAAAGGCGUAUACAAAAUCUAGAAGAACGUCUAGACUUGACUGAUAGUGGUGGAGAUUGUGUAUCUUCCAUGUCUGUCAGUUCAAUUAAAUAACUGUACACUUACAUCAUUCGUAAGGCCUACAACAAUACCCCCCUUUCAUCCUUAUUAUUAUCUGUUAUUUGCUACCAGUACGUUUACUAAACACUGUGUAGAUCAUGUCAUAUUUUUUGGAUUGAACAGAAUAACAAUGACAAUUAACCUCGCCAUGAUCUAUCGAUUGCAUGUAUUAUUCUGUAAGCUUUUUUAAUUUGUAAUAAACAUCAGAAAAAAUCUGUCUUCCAUUCACUGUGAACAAAAUUAAACAUAUGAGCUCAUUUCUUUAUCUCUAUGAUCAGCUCUUUUCAGUCGUACUCUGUCCCCCCCCCCUUUAUUUAUCUGUAUGUAUGUGUGAAUCAAUUGAUAAUUGAUUAGCUGUUCAAAUAAACAAUACUUUUUAGCAUUUAUUAACAAAACAAUAUAUAUACUCUUUGGCAGUUUGCCUUCUUUCUUGUUUUUUCUCUAAGGCAUAAUGUGUGGUUUUAAUAGUUUACAAAUUUACAUUUUUGCUAAUUAGUUUACUUUAAUACAACAAACGCAUAUACGUAGUCUUUGCAUUAUAUCUUUAUAUGCCUUUGCAAUUCACUAAAAAUGUGCCACAACCAUAUAUGUAUAUAUGGGCUGUGUUUGCAUGUUAACCUGUGUUUACUUAUUCAAUGUGUGUGUGUGUAGAAAAAAAUUAUAAAGUUGAUGUAUCGCACCAGAGUGCCCAUAAAUUCUCUUUUCCUUACUACACAUACACACAUUGUUAAUGAUUUCGAUGUCUCUUUCCGUUUCUUCGUUUUGACACCGUUUUCCAGCAAAUGAUGAGAUGUUUCUCUUCAGAUUUAUUUAUUAAUUUCGGUUCGAAAAUCUUCGGUUGUUUUACACAUGUAUGUGUGCUGAUUGUUCAUCUACCGUUUGGUCUUAUCAAAAAGCAUAUUCUUCACACUGUUAACACACGAAUAUAAUGAUAACAGUGAUGACAACAGUAAUAUAUA